AAAAAAUAAUUUCAAAAUUUUACUUUAUUUUUAAUUAAAAUAAAUAUAGUUUUUGUUAACGAUAUUAGAAUGACCGUUAUAUUAGGGGCAUUUGUAUAAAACUAGUAUUUUUACGGGGAUAUUGAAAUAAAUAUAAAUUUUAAGAGAAUAUUUACGUAAAUUUAAAUUUUUAGAAAGUUAUCCAUGUAAAAAAAUUCUAAUUUGUUUUUAUUUGGAUUAGCCAAAGCCAUUCUGCCCUGCAUCGUGAAAACAGCGUCAAAAUUCCCAGCCAAAAUGGGUUGGACCAAGUUGUACAUCUGUGAUCGGUUUCCUCAUUCAAAGUCCGUCACGGAGGGAACAGUUAACUAGCCGUUGCCGCCGCUAUUCAAAUUCUGAAGCAGGCAAUGCAAUCUCUCCCCCAACCACAACUGGGAAUACGCUCUCGCCUCUACCCCCGCCUUUCCUUCCUCCUUGGGUGCUUGGAAUCCUGCGGAGAAAUGGACCAACCAGUUGAGACCGUUGUAGAUCAGCCAUCUUUGUUUCCUUCCUCUCCUCGGCCGACACCGGCCACCACCAGUCGGAAGCGGAAAGUGGUGGCAAAAAGCUUGCAAAAGACACUCUCAAAGACCUCCAUGCUCGCUCGCUUCCUCCCAACGGGCACCCUCCUCACCUUCGAGAUGCUCCUCCCACCUGUCUCCGGUGAUGGGUCAUGCUCCCCGGCGAGCACGACAAUGAUGCACGUCCUCCUCGGCCUCUGCACCAUCUCUUGCUUCUUCUUCCACUUCACCGACAGCUUCCAUGGCCCUGAUGGCAAGGUCUACUAUGGAUUUGUGACUCCAAGGGGCCUUGCAGUCUUCAAGCCCGGCCUCGGAGUUGAGGUCCCAAAGGAUGACCGGUAUCGUAUGGGGUUCGUCGACCUAGUGCAUGCAGCCAUGGCGGUGAUGGUUUUCUCGGCGAUCGCGUUGUCCGAUCACCGGGUCACCAACUGCCUGUUCCCAGGGAGAGCAAAGGAGAUGGAUGAGGUGAUGGAGAGCUUCCCGUUGAUGGUGGGUGUGGUGUGCAGUGGUCUGUUUCUUGUCUUCCCCGCCACUCGCUCUGGAGUAGGGUGCACGCCCUCAUGAUCGACAUCAUUGAUGCCAAGGAGAUCUGCUGCAGUUGGGUGGUUGGAUGAAGAAUACUGUUGUGAAGCGUUCUAAAUUGAAGCUCCAAGCAAGCAAAGUGCUCUUUGUAAUAUUUAAACUGAGUGAUUGUAUUUAUAUAUAUCAUCAUGAUUGUGA